AUGCCUCGAGAUCCUCUAAUUGGACUGGUCGGGAAACCGAGCGCUGGCAAAUCCAGCACGCUCAACUCGCUAACAGAUGCUUCCUCUAAAGUCGGUGGUUUCACCACCAUCGACCCCCAACGAGCGAUCGGCUACCUCCAGAUAGACUGUGCCUGCGCGCGCUAUGGCGUUAGCGAAAGGUGCAAGCCCAACUACGGCUCCUGCGUGAACGGAAAGCGUAGUGUGCCCAUUGAACUGCUCGACGUAGCCGGUCUCGUCCCCGGAGCGCACGAGGGCAAAGGGCUUGGCAACAAGUUCCUCGACGACCUGCGACAUGCCGACGCCCUGAUACACGUCGUCGACGCUUCGGGCACAACAGACGCCGAGGGAAAGGUCACGCGCGGGUACGAUCCCUCCGUGGACAUUGCGUGGCUGCGGUCCGAGAUUGUGGCCUGGAUCAAGGGAAACCUUUGGGAGAAGUGGGGUUCGAUCAAGAGGAGGCAUAUUGCUGUCAAGGCGACAGCGGUGGAAACGCUCCAGGCACAGUUCAGUGGUUACGGGAGUACCGCUGCGGUGGUGGCGCGGACGUUGGAUAAGCUGGGACUCAAGGAGCCGUUGGAGGAAUGGUCCGAGGAAACCGUCGACCGUGUCGUCAACGCCUUUACCGACGAGAAGUUCCCAACAGUGAUCGCGCUCAACAAGAUCGACCACCCAGACGCCGACAAAAACAUCGCCAAGAUCGCCAAGAUGCAAGACCCAAAUUCCAUCGUCCUCUGUUCUGCGAUUUCCGAAAUCUUCUUGCGCAAGAUGGCGAAGCAAGGCUACAUCAAGUACACAGAAGGCAGCGAGUUCGUUGACACGAGGGAAGACCUAAUAGCCGACGGCGACCCGGACGGCGGAGGCCUGAAAGAGCUGGACGAGAAGAACCGCAAUAGGAUAGAGAAUCUGAAGGACAUGGUCCUUUACCGAUUCGGCUCCACGGGCGUCAACCAGGUGCUAUCCAAAGCUGCCGAGAUCCUCGGCUUGGUGCCGGUCUUCCCGGUCAGGAAUACGACGACGUUCACGUCGGGUGCAAAUGAGUCGGCGAACAAGGCGGUAUUCAGGGACUGCGUGCUGGUCAAGAAGAACUCGACCGUGGCCGACGUGGCCAGGAAGAUCAUGGGCGAUGCGCCGAUUGCCUACGUCGAAGGUGCAGGCGGCAUCCGUGUUGCGGAAGAUCAGAUUGUUACGGUUGGGAAGAAUGAUAUCUUGUCAUUCAAGGUAGGCCGAGCAUAA